AUGUCAUCUUUCUAUAACUCGAAAAUUACUCCUUGUAAAGCAUGUGCUUGUGGCUGCAAAGACAGAACGGCAUGUAUCCUGACCGAAUCAGAUCUUCAAAGCGUAACGGAAUUGAAUGCACCUACAAAUGACAGUGCUCCAGUGGUGCAGUGCACGGCACAUAACUGUCCAAUUCAAGUCCACUGGCAUGUUAAGGAAAACUACAAGGGAUAUUGGCGGGUUAAGAUAACCAUCAGUAAUCUUAACUAUCGACUUAACUAUUCACAAUGGACUCUAGUUGUUGAGCACCCCAAUUUCAACAACACAGUGGAAGUUUAUAGCUUUGUUUAUAAGCCACUCACCCCCUUCAUCUCUAAGAACGACACUGCUCUGUUCCAUGGCUUAAAAUUUUUCAAUGAUGUGCUACUUCAAGCAGGGCCAAAUGGAAACGUUCACUCAGAGAUUAUCUUUCAGAAGGAUUCAACAUUUACAUUGGAACAUGGAUGGGCUUUCCCUCGAAAAGUUUACUUUGAUGGAGAUGAAUGUGUGAUGCCAUCUCCUGAUUCUUACCCAUUUCUACCCAACUUAGCUAAUCCAAAUCCAAUUCUAUUGUCGACGACACUAGCUUGCAUUUUUCUUCCCAUAUUUCUUACAUUGUUAUCUUAG